AUGGAACUGAUAAAAGUAUUACACAUUUCUGUUGCUUUUUUCUUCUUGUUCUUUUCUAUUUACUCUCAAUGUCAUCCUUUAGAUCCUCUUAAUCCUGAUGAAAUCAACAAAAUUAGAGUCAUUAUCCAAAAAUCCCACUUUUCCAAUGUAACAUUUCAUGAUGUAGACCUUGAUGAACCAGAAAAGAAUGAUGUCCUUCAUUGGCUUUCCUUUCAUAAAUCAAACAAUACCUCUUUUCCUUAUCGUCGAUCCAAGGUAGUAGUUCGCGCUAAUGGUGAGUCAUAUGAACUCACACUAGACUUGGCUACUAACACUAUCAUAUCACAAAAGUUGUACUUAGGUCAUGGCUUUCCUCCUUUUACUCUCAAUGAACUUAUACAGUCUAGCAUCCUGCCAUUGAGUAAUCCUAAAUUUCAAGAAUCGAUUUCACGGAGGGGAUUGAAUAUAUCUGAAGUCAGCUGCAUACCACUAUCAGUUGGAUGGUUUGGUCAGGUAAAGACCAUUAGAGUUCUUAGUGUUCCAUGUUUUUCUCUUGGAGGAACUACUAACUUUUGGGCAAGGCCUAUUGAAGGAAUAACUAUACUAGUAGAUGUUGAAUCAAUGAAGAUUAUUAAGUAUUUGGAUAGAUUCAGAUCCCCAUUGCCUGAAGCAAAAGCUGCUGAUUUCAAUUCGUCGAGCCAGGGAUCAGUUACUUGCAAUGAAACAGGAUCCUCCAGGAUAAACAUCCAAGGUCAUGAAGUUAGUUGGGCUAAUUGGAAACUUCAUGUUGGAUUCAAUACUAGAGCAGGGAUGAUCAUAUCUACAGCUUCUAUAUUCGAUGCUGUGAGAAAUGAAUAUCGACGUGUACUCUAUAAAGGUCAUGUCUCUGAGAUAUUCGUGCCUUACAUGGAUCCUACGUUUGAAUGGUACUACAGGACCUUUAUGGAUGUUGGUGAAUUUGGUUUUGGGAGAUUGACCAGUACCCUUGUCCGGUCAUUGGACUGUCCAAACAAUGCGGUGUAUAUGGAUGGUUACAUGGCUGAUUCAGAAGGUCAAGUAGUACAAGUCCCUCAAGCUAUUUGCAUUUUUGAACGAUAUGCUGGUGAUGCUGCAUGGAGGCAUACAGAAAUUGGAAACACCAAGGGACAGAAAGAAGUUAAUUUGGUGAUCAGAAUGGUAACAACAGCUGGAAAUUAUGACUAUAUACUUGAUUGGGAGUUCAAACAAAGUGGAUCCAUUAAAGUUGGAGCAAGUCUAACAGGGAUUAUGGCGAUGAAGGCUGUGGAAUACACGAACAACGAUCAAAUAAAUCAGGAUGUUUACGGUACUCUUGUGGCAGAAAACACAAUUGCAGUGAACCAUGAUCAUUUCCUUACGUAUCGCAUUGAUCUUGAUGUGGAUGGUAGUAAGAAUUCAUUCUUGAAAGCUAAACUGAAAACUACAAGAGUGAAAGACCAAAAUAUGUCACCAAGGAAGAGUUAUUGGAGUGUUGUUAAAGAAACUGUGAAAACAGAAUCUGAAGGCAGGACACAACUUGGGAUAGAAGCAGCUGAAUUGUUGUUUGUUAAUACAGAAAAAAAGAGUAAAGUUGGAAAUGAUGUAGGUUAUAAGUUAAUUCCUAGUAGACCAUCUAUGUCUUUGUUAACAGAUGAUGAUUACCCUCAAAUUAGAGCAGCUUAUACUAAGUAUCAACUGUGGGUGACUCCUUACAACAAGUCAGAAAGAUGGGCUGCUGGAUUCUAUGCUGAUAGAAGUCAUGGUGAUGAUGGACCCUCAGUUUGGAGUGGCAGGAAUAGGUCAAUUGAAAAGAAGGAUAUUGUGCUAUGGUACACACUUGGAUUUCAUCAUGUACCUUGCCAAGAAGAUUAUCCUAUAAUGCCAACAAUCAAUGAUGCUUUUGAACUCUGGCCCACAAAUUUCUUUGAAAGAAACCGAUUGUUGGACUAGUGCGUUG